AUAAGCUGUUCGCAAUUUGAUUGCGCCUGCGUGUGAAAUUGAACGGAACGGGUUUCCGUAGUUAUAGUAAACAUGGCGUCCGACAGUGACGGGGAUUUUGUUACUUUCGGAACCCCAUUAGAACCGCUAGAAGAAGAUGAGCCUCUGAGGAAGCCAAUCCCGCUGCACGAGCAGACCGUGAAGGAUGAGAAGGGACGCUACCAGAGGUUCCAUGGAGCCUUUACUGGGGGAUUCUCUGCUGGGUACUUCAACACCGUGGGCACCAAAGAAGGGUGGACACCAGCAACCUUUGUUUCAUCCAGACAGCAGAAAGCAGGCAGACAGAAAGCAGGCAGACAGAAUGACAGGCCAGAGGACUUCAUGGAUGAGGAGGACCUGGGGGAGCACGGCAUCGCCCCCAGACAAAUCACCACUACAGCCGACUUUGCCUCAGGCAGGAAGGAUGUGAUCGCGGACAAGGCCAGAGUCAUCACCUCUCUUUCAGCCCCUGUCCCCGGGGACACUGUCCUGGAAGACUUGGUGUCUCCAGCUAGGUCCUCCAUGGGGGUGGAGUUACUGAGGAAGAUGGGCUGGAAGGAUGGCCAGGGGGUUGGACCCAGGGUGAAGAGGAAGCUGUCCAAGCAGAAAGCAGAUUCUGCAACGGGGGCGUUCGGCCCGGCCUCGGAAUCACAGGAUGAGGAAGACGGAGAAUUCGUCCCUGUGAACGUGACCUUCGCUCCCGAAGACGUGACUCCCAUAGACUUCGCCCCUAAAGUGGAUCUCCACGGCCUGGGGUACCGGGGUCUGAACCCCCAGGCGGCCCUGAGGGGAGGUCCGGGCGCCGGACACAUUAACCUGUUCACCGUGGACUCAGACAGGACCAACAGCCUGUUUGGAGAGGACAGGAAGGGACCUAAACGCAGAGGAGGAGUAGCAGGACAGGGGUUUGGUGUGGGUGCGAUGGAGGACGAGGACGAUGACAUCUACCACAGAGACGCCAUGUCUAACUACGACACGGUGCUGGGAGGGGAGGAGCCUGGGGACGGCCUGUACGGAUGGACCGCCCCCCAGCAGUACAACAGGAAGAAGACAGACCACAGUAAAGACGCUGCUUAUCUGGGUAAAAUCCUAGAAGGAUUCACCCUGGCCUCCGAUAAGAUGGAGAACAAAACAAUCUUCCCUCCUCCCAACCUGCCCAGAGACUUCAGGCCGGUCCACUACUUCCGUCCAGUGGUGGACAUGUCCAGCGUGAGCCCCAUGGUAGCCCAGGCCCUGCAGACGUCUCGAGGACACAUGGCCCAGGAAGAGCCCUCUAAGGGGGGACGCCACCAGCUGGACUCUGCCCAGAGGAGGGAUCUGCUGGGGGAAGCUGCGCUGCAAGGCCCCAGCUCUGUGUUUGACCUGCUGAAGGUUGAGGACAGAGAGAGACUCUGCGGCCUACGGAGGCCCUCCUCAGAUACCAGCUCAGGCCCCAGACAGCUCACCCCUGGCUGGUCCUCCCCUGUCCUCCCCCCUCCAGGCCCCAGACAGCUCACCCCUGGCUGGUCCUCCCCUGUCCUCCCCCCUCCAGGCCCCAGACAGCUCACCCCUGGGGAGGCCAGAGCAGCUGUGGUGGCUGCAGCAGCCAGAGCCUCGGCCCAGAAGGCCCUGUCUAGCAGGUUUGCUCCUCAAUCAGAGCAGCUGCAGCAGGAAGCUCUGAGUGUGUGGAGCGGUCCGACAGCUCAGGCCCAGACAGGACAGACCUUCAAACCCUUUGAGAGGACCCCUCAUAAACAGGCCCGAUACGACCUCUACAUAGACCAGCUCAAACAGGGAGACAGAGACGCCCUGGAGUUGAGCUUGGACCCCACCAUGACAGAGUGGGAGAGAGGGAGAGAGAGGGACGAGUUCGUCCGCGCUGCUCUCCUCUACAAGCCCAGCAGCUCGUCUCUGUCCUGUCGCUUCACCAGAGGGAAACAGGACGACGGUGUGGAGGCAGACACUGUGGAGGUGACACGAGAUCAGGAGAAUGAUGUGGAUGACAAGCAGGAAGCCGUAAAGAUGAAGAUGUUUGGAAAACUGACCAGAGACUCGUUUGAAUGGCACCCUGACAAACUGCUCUGCAAGAGGUUCAAUGUACCUGACCCCUAUCCUGGGUCAGGGUUUGUGGGAAUGCCCAAAGUGAAGAGAGACAAGUUCUCUGUGUUCAACUUCCUGACUGUAUCAGAGAGUCCAACAGCUAGUGCUUCCCCCGCUCCACAAGGUGUGAAGCCCUCUGAGCCAGGGAAGAGGUCCAGGUGGGAUGUGUCUGGCCAGGCUGGGGACGAGGACAGGAAGGAGAAGGAUCCAAUCAGUGAUUUCCUCAGUGUGGCUCGUAUUGAAGCCUCUGGGUCAGGACCGGACACCUCUACUACUGAUGGCCCUACAACGGAUCCUACUGUAGAGCCGGACACGGAGCAGAAAGACGAGGAGGAGGAGGAAGAGGAGAGCAGGCCGUCUAUGGAUCUGUUCAAAGCCAUCUUCGCCUGUUCAUCAGACGAGAAGUCUUCCUCUUCUUCAGAAGGAGAGAGUGAGGAGGAGGAGGAGGAGGAAGGUGUUCGGAGCAAGGCUGGGACCGGGCCUCAGAUAUCUAACCAGCUGAACGUCAACACAACCCGACCUGCUCUUCCUGUGUCGGCGACACCCAGCCAGCACCCAGACGUUCUGUUCAAAACGCCCAGUGGUCCUGCCCCUCCCCCUCAGAACCAGGAAGUGGAAGAGGAGGAGUUUGGACCUCGGCUGCCUCCUCCUUCCUCUACAUUGACAGCGGGGCGCCGUCCGUCCCCAACUCCCUCUGCUAAGGACGACAAACACAAGAAGAAGUGUAAGGAGAAGCACAAAGCCAAGAAACACGGCAAGCACAAGAAGGACAAAAAGCAGAAGAAGAAGCACAAGAGGCACAAGCACAAAGGCAAGCAGAAGAAGAGCAGUAGGAAGGAGUCUUCAUCAUCAGGCAGCAGCUCAGAGGGGAGUGACGGGAACGGCCAGGGGGACGGAGAGGAGGGAGGAGGGGUGUCAACAGAAGAGCUGCUCAGAAGGUUGAAGAGCAUCCGUGGGAAGAAUCAGCAGUGAAUCUAUAAUCCGACAGACAGGAUCCAUCAUGUCCUCUAUGAGGAUGGAUACCUGGAUACCUGGAGACGGGAGUCAGGAACCAUUCUGUAUAUGGCAUUUAGGAAUUCCAAUAGCCCUGUACCGAUGCUGAUGAAAGAGGGGCUUACUUUACAUUUUAAAUUGUAAUUCUCAUAAGAUGUGAGUUUUUGCUGAUCAAUGUCUUGGGCUGAUAUGUUGAGAGAUAUUGAUUUGUUGCUAUCGUCUGUUAAUCAAUAAAAAAGUAGAUUUUUUGGUUGUAA